AUGGCAGAAGGACUUUUCUGGGUAUUAGAGAAAUCUCAGGAUGAUGUACUGGACAGUUAUUGGGGAUCGUUCCCACAUAGAGGAAUCAUCUAUGGAUGGUACAUUGAGAAGGAUAUUGGUUCAAAAAAUUUACAAAGGCCCACAGGUCUUGUGGUUGAUCAGUUUAGUCAGCGUUUGUUCUGGGCUGAUUUUGAAUUGUCUGUCAUUGGCAGUGUUCUGUUUGAUGGUUCUGAUUCAGUUGUGUCUGUGAGUACUAAACAAGGUUUACUGCAUCCCCAUAGAAUUGACAUUUUUGAGGAUUACAUAUAUGGAGCAGGUCCUAAAAAUGGUGCAUUUAGAGUACAUAAAUUUGGCAGGAGCCUUGUAGAAUACCUAAGUGUCGAUGUUGAUAAAGCAAAAAGUGCCUUGAUCUUUCAUCGCUACAAACAAAUGGACUUGCCUAAUCCAUGCUUGGACCUGACAUGUGAUUUCAUUUGUUUACUCAACCCUUCUGGUGCAUCAUGUGCUUGUCCAGAAGGAAAAUCAUUAGUUAAUGGAACAUGCAUAGAUCAGAGUCUCUUAGAUGACACAUGCAAACUGACCUGUGAAAAUGGAGGAAAGUGCAUUAUAAACGAGAAGGGGGAUCCGCGAUGUCACUGCUGGCCAAGUUACUCAGGUGAAAGGUGUGAAACCAACCACUGCUACAAUUACUGCCAGAAUGGAGGAACCUGUGGAGCCUCUCUCCUUGGGAGGCCCACCUGCAAUUGUGCACUGGGUUUUACAGGACCAAACUGCAAUCAGACAGUCUGCCAUCAUUUUUGCCAAAAUGGAGGAACCUGCAGUGUCACUGCUGGAAAUCAGCCCUUUUGCAGCUGCUUGCCUGAGUAUACAGGAGACAGAUGUCAGUACUAUGUUUGCCACCAUUAUUGUGUGAAUUCUGAAUCGUGUACUAUUUCUGAUGAUGGAAGCGUAGAAUGUGUCUGUCCAGUACGAUUUGAAGGUCCAAAAUGUGAAGUGGACAAGUGUAUAAGAUGUCACGGGGGACACUGCAUAAUAAACAAGGAUACUAAUGACAUAGUAUGCAAUUGCACUAACGGAAAGAUUGCCUCCACGUGUCAGUUAUGUGAUGGCUACUGCUACAAUGGUGGUACAUGCCAGCUGGACCCUGACACAAACGUACCUGUCUGUCUAUGCUCUGUGGGGUUUAAAAGUCAGCGCUGUGACCAGAAAGUGAACCCUUGUGAUUACUACUGUCAGAAUGAGGGAAUUUGCACUUUAACUGCGUUUAAUGAACCGAGAUGCAAAUGCUCAGCCAACUGGUCAGGCACACAGUGUGAGAGGCCAGCUCCCAAAAGCAGCAAGUCUGACAAUAUCAGUACAAGAAGCAUUGCAAUCAUUGUUCCUCUUGUUUUACUGGUGACUUUGAUCACUACUCUGGUAAUUGGACUAUUUCUCUGCAAAAGAAAACGAAGGACAAAAACUAUAAGACGGCAGCCGAUUAUAAAUGGAGGAAUCAAUGUUGAAAUCGGCAAUCCAUCAUAUAACAUGUAUGAGGUGGGCCAUGAUCACAGUGAAGGUGGUCUUUUAGCCUCUGAUUUUACUGUAAAUGCAGACAAGGCGAGAUACAUAGGGGGAGGGCCCACUGCAUUCAAGCUUCCCCACACAGCUCCAUCAAUCUACCUAAACUCUGAGUUGAAAGGACCACUAUCAACAGGGCCAACAAAUUACUCCAAUCCAGUAUAUGCAAAGUUAUACAUGGAUGGACAAAACUGUCGAAACUCCUUAGCAAGCGUUGAUGAAAGAAGAGAACUCCUUCCAAAGAAAAUAGAUAUUGGGAUAAGGGAGACUGUGGCAUAAUCUGCUGUUACCUUUUAUACUCUGUAUAAAUGUAUAAAAUAUAAGGAUUACUUUUCUAUGUACCAACAGUAUUAUAAUUGUUUUGGCAUCAGCAUUACCUCUGUUUUUUUGUUCUGUUGAUUGUUUUCUGAGUUUUUCUUUUGCUGAUGACUUUUGACUGACCAUUUGUAAGGUAUUUUUAUGAUAAAGAAACUGCACUACAGUACAAUUUACAACAAUGCUGCUGAAAUAACACACCUUUAAAUUUGUUAAAAUUGCAAACAACAUAUUUGUUUGUAGCGUGAAAAUGAGCAAUCUAUUUUCUAUGAACUUUUUUGGUUCUACUUAAUCAAUGAAGAUGGUAUUUGCACUUUUUCAUUAUGUAGUCUGGAAGCUGUAGUACAGUGUGUAAUUUUGUUUAUUUUAAAUGGUGAAAGAAUGAUUGAAUGGUCUACUCUCUUCUUUGUGCCCAUUAGAAUUUCUCUUCAGAUCCUGAUGAAGCUAGUUAACUUUUCACAAACCAACAUAACUUGCUUUUAAAUUAGCUUUAGGUUGUCAAGAAGUAAGCAAGACUAUAGAAAUGAAACAUCUAAUGAUCUGCAUGAACACAAUGAUUAUGUUUCAGAAAUUCAGUGACUGUACAUGAUAUACUAAACAUAUAUACCAUGUAAACAAGCUUUGUAUUUAUUAAAACCUUAUAGAACAUAGUAACGAUAUAUCUUGGAAGCUGAAACCUUACUUGCUGUGGGACAAAGCAUAUGAACUCCAACAGUCCUGUAGGACAGUAGCCACCCUAGAGCACAAGAGGGCAUUGCCUACACAUGCAUUAUAUGUUUAUUCACUUAAUCUCAUGCAUUACUUAUGGAUUGUUAAUUCCCCAAACGUGUACCAAGCAGUAGGGGGAAAAAGAAAUAGACACAAAAAAAAAACACCUUAAGCACAUACACACACACACACACACACACACACACACACACAUUCACACUCACAGCAUUCGGUUUUGACCAUCACAAAAAGGUCACACUUAUUUAGAGAUACUAAGGAAUCCAAAAUACUGCAGUUUCUUUAAAUGAAAAUGAACUGUGAUAUUGAUAAGAUAAACCAUAACCAAAUGACGCAGUAGUUGAUCCUUACCUAAGUCUGAGUUUCAAUAGUCUGGGUUCAAUAUAGCAAUCCAGCUAUCUGGAGUAAUUCUCAGUAUUGGUUUUCAGCACUUGCUCUGACCUGUUUUGUUUUUUGUUGUUGCUAAGAAGAAAGAUCUGAUUCAACUUUUUUAAUUUUCAUGAAAAUAAAGAAUACAAUGUCUUUCAGGUUUAAACUGAAUCAAAGUAUUUUAUACAUAACUUUAAAGGCACAAAAGACUGAUUCACACAUAUACAGUGGAGGAUUCUUCCUUCCUCUGCUAGACGUGACUGACUUUUAGUUAUCAUAAUAUAUUAACCUAACAGAUUAAAUAUGUUUGUGGUUGCUCUUUCUUCCCUUUGUACAAGCAUUACAAAAAUAACUGCUGUUUUAUAAAAGAUUUUUGUUGUACUAUUGUGCAUGCAUACUACCUAUUUCUAAACUUUGCCAUAUUGGGGCCUUUAUAAAACUCCUGAUUUAUGUAAUACUAGUGCAAUUUUGCUUGAACAAUGUUAUGCAUAUCAUAAACUUUUUCAGGUUCUUGUUUAAGUACAUUUUUUUAGAUGGAACAGUAUUUUUCAUUUUGGUUAUAAUAGUCAUUUUGCCUAUGUUUCUACAAUGAAGUGUUAAAUACUUUAUAAAAAAAAUUGUUGACUGACUUAUUUAAAUGAAAAUCUACAUACUUAAUUCAGUGUGUUGACUAAUUUUUAAAUUUAGGAUAAAAAUGAAAACAGAAGGAAAACAAAUUGAAGGGAAGGAACGUUGCUUUGUACAAAUGGCGAAAUUCUUUUUUGUGACAAUUUUUGCUUUUUAUACAACUUCUACUUGGAUGUUUUCACAGCUCUGCACAUUUGGAUAACUUAGGUGUAUGGCUGUAUAUUCUGUCAACAGAAUUUUAAAGCUGUUUUGUUUUCUACAGAAAUGCUGGAUAGUUUCAUGCCAUAGAGUAAGGACUGCACGGGUUCUGCCUUUAUUCUGUUGAACCACCAGAUAGGAUCUGGCCCUCAAUUUUAACAUAAAUCUAGUUUUUAUGGGAUGUAAGCAGUUUUUCUUCUCAGAAAUGUUCAUUUUCUGGCAGCGACAACCUCAUAUUUUCAAUACUCAGGCAAAACUACAUUUUAACCAGUGGGUAUGCAGAUAACACAAGUUUGAAAUCAUAAACACACAAAUCUGGUGGACUUUAUUUAUUGUGAUGUCUCAUGUCUUCUUUCAGUGGGACAUUUGUGUUUACACUAGCUUAAAUGUAAAUUAAUAUUAAAAAAUUAAAUUUAUUUAUUUUCUUAGAAACACUCAGUUGAUGUCAGUGUAGUUAUUAGAUAUUGGAUAUUAGAUCAGAAUCUAUCUGAUCUUUACCUUUCAGGGCAAAAUUUUGGUGGAGAUAUUGUGUUCUAUCACUGCCAUGCCUAAAAGAUCUUUCAACUGUAAUAAUCCCCAGUGGAUUUUUUUUGUUCUUUAUUUUUUAACUUCGCCAAAGUUUUCCAUAGGAGUGGUUUCUCACAAUCCUUUAAGAGCCCUAAAAUCCCCACGUUCUGUAUCUACACAAACCACAUAAGGAGAUGAAAGUUGGAUGAUUGAGAACACAAUCAAUAACAACCUAUAUGUGCAUCCUCAUAAGUUGAGGGAAAUAAUUUUCUGCCCAAAACUGUAUAAACAGUUACAAGGAACAACAAAAACUUUGAACUUUCUACAUCUCCACAAGCAUUUUGCUGUUAUUAAUGCCACAGAUUUUUGUGUGGUUUUAGUUGGCAUAAGCUUAGAAGAAAAGAGAAAAAAAAAAAAUAAAAAAAAGGAUAAAUGUGCUUGUAUCACUGAUUAAAAUGUCUGUCUCUUCAGGAUAUCAUUGCAAGGCUUUUUUGUGGUUGCUUUCCUGGAGAUACUAAUGGCAUUUCAUGCCUAAUGCUUGUACAUUACUAUUUCACUGAAUUUAUAAAGUUACAAUUAU